CGAUUCAUCGAUUCAUGAGUGUUGGGUACGAGUUCUGCACGAGAAGCAUAACCCGAAUGGGAUCAACCAACACCAAAAAGAUCGCAAAAUGAAAUUGUAAAGAGAAAAACGGAAGAAACAGACAAAAACCCGAAAAACACGAAGGAAUCUGUUUUCCUUCCUACAAAAUUCGUGUUUCUGUCCUCAAAGCUUUUGCACAUAUACAAUGGCGUCAGUAGCUGCGAAAGCAAAUCCAUAUUUUCCUGCUGCUCCAUCAUCUAACUCUCACUUUUAUCCCUCACCUAAUUUUACCCACAAAAACUUAAUAAAAAUUCCAUUUUCCUCUGACCCUCCAAGUACGAGGCUGAUUUCGGUGCGUUCCAACAACCCCAAUCUCGAUUCUAUCAAAAUGGACCAGGCUGCAUCCGGAUUGGGAUCAGUACCUGGAAACCCGAUCCAUACGAAUGCAUCUUCCUCUUCUUCUGCUUCCAUUGAUUUCCUCACUCUGUGCCAUCGUCUGAAGACUACAAAACGAAAAGGAUGGAUUAAUCAUGACAUAAAGGGUCCUGAAUCUAUUGCUGAUCAUAUGUACCGCAUGGCAUUGAUGGCUUUGAUUGCUGAUGACCUUCCUGGAGUGAACAGGGAAAGGUGUAUCAAGAUAGCACUUGUUCAUGAUAUUGCAGAAGCUAUUGUUGGAGAUAUAACACCGUCUGAUGGUGUGCCAAAGGAAGAGAAAAGUAGACGGGAACAAGCAGCUUUGAAUGAAAUGUGUGAGGUUCUUGGUGGAGGGAUGAGAGCUGAAGAGAUCCAAGAACUCUGGCAAGAGUAUGAAAACAACUCUUCCUUAGAGGCCAAUCUUGUGAAAGAUUUUGACAAAGUUGAAAUGAUCCUGCAAGCCUUGGAGUAUGAAACAGAGCACGGGAAGGUUUUGGAUGAAUUUUUUCUUUCAACUGCAGGAAAAUUUCAAACUGAAAUAGGAAAGAGAUGGGCAGCAGAAGUCACUUCCAGGAGAAAUUCAAGAUUGGCAAACAGGCAAUGCUAGGCAUCCUUUUUUCGACUUGUAGUUGGGAUUUUCCAGCUUUUGUGGCAUUAGACGUGGAUACUAUACCCUACUUUUUUGUAUCGCUUCUUCUCACAGAAGAAAAUGCACGGAAGAUGAACAACACGUGUGAAGGUACUAACCCCAUUUAGUUUAUGUAUUCGUUAACAGAGCUUAUACUCUCUUUUCUUCUUUGUUUCCCUUUUCCUCCCAACGGAGAAAAGAGCCAUCUUUUUCUUCGAAACCCUGUGGUUUGGAGUAAUAUCCGAAUCAUCUUGCAGGAUGAAUUAGUCGAAAAUCAAAUGUAUGGAUAAAAAGUUUGUGGUACUUUUGUGUACUGAAGGUAACAAAACUUUUUUCUUUUUUUCUUUUCGUAUUUUUUGUGUGUAACUUAAACUGAAACUUAAUUAUAUGUACUUUUUAGUAGAAUUAUCAACAUUUUGUCA